GCCGCGCACAUCGAGCAUCCGUCGCCGAGCCCGCCUGACCCGGGUCCACCGGACUGGCCUGUGGAUGAUGGUCCACCGGACUGGGCUGUGGAUGAUGGUCCACCGGACUGGGCUGUGGAUGAUGGUCCACCGGACUUGCCACCGGACUGGCCUUCGGACGAGGGCGAGGCGGACGAGACCGCGGCAGGCGGGCGCCACGACCUGGUGCAGCCUGCUCCGGUGGACGGUGAAGACGAGAUGAUCGCCUCCUCGCAGCCUGCAGCCGCCUGGACGAGCUGUGACGUCACCAUCCCACCUGCGGCGGCGGCGCCUCUGACCCCAACCAGUGGUCAAGAGCUGAGCCCGCAGGCGGCCAAGAUGGCCGCCAGGAUCUGCGACAUGCUGGGCGAGCUGCCGGCCGAGGCGCUGCGGCAGGUGCGCGGUCUGGACGCCAGCAAGUGCUGCCGCCUUUUGGCCGCCUACCGCAAGCUGCGCCUGGCCGACUGGUCGCCCGGCGGCGCUAGCGCCACUGCGCCGCCCGGCUGGACAAGCCCCGCGUGCGAUACUGCGCCGUCUGGCAACUACAGCCCCGGGGCGCCCUGGUCUGGCGCGCCAGGUCCUGCCACACGGCCAGCCGCCGAACCGGCGCCGCCGCCGCCCCCCAGCGCGCCGGCCACAGCAGAGGCGUGGCCAGCACCGGCGGUCGACGGCAACAGAGCGACCGGCCCCGCCUCGUACGAAGCCGUCAACCUUGACCGUAGCCACCUGGCGGAGACUGAAGGCAAUGCCGAAGUGUCCAGCAACCGCGUCUGGGAGGUGCUCCGCACCAUGUUCGGCCUGCGCGAGUUCCGCGAGAACCAGAGGGAGAUUGUGACGGCUGCGCUGAAGAAGUGCGACACCUUCGUCCUGAUGCCGACAGGUGGGGGCAAGAGCCUCUGUUACCAGCUGCCGGCGCUGAUGGAGCCGGGCGUCACUGUCGUCAUAUCUCCCCUGAAAUCGCUGAUCCAGGACCAGAUCAGCAAGCUAAACUCCCUGGACGUGAGUUGGGCAGCUGUCCCGCGCCUCCGCUGUGGCCGGGCUGUGGUGUCUGGCAGACGUCGGCGCUGUGGCCAUUGAUCGCGGAAAUGGCAUAUUAGAGUGACCGUUCACCCCUUUUUGUGAACAGCAGU